UAGCACCAUUUCUUAUCGGGAAACGGGCCAGGGUUAGUAUUGGACCUUGUGAAGAUCACGAUCAGGCGACACUAUAACAGUGCUCAUCCGGCCAUUGCUGAACGUCUAGAGCAUUUCUUUCAGCGCCUGUCAUGGCCUGUGGUUCCCGCGCUGACUGACUCCAUUGAGAACAAAGGCAGUGUGCCAACUGUCGGAGCUAGAUCAUCGCUCGACGUCAACAAUCGAGCAAUUGGAUAGCGCAUUGCGCACAAUAACACUGACCUAACAUCUGCUAUAUCUCAUCGUCCUGAAGGCCGAACUGCGAAUUAUGGCGACCAAACGCAAGGCAGCGGCGUUGAACGCCGCUACCGAUGACGAACCAGUUGACCCAUCGGACGAAUUGGCCUUCUACUGUCUAGGAGGCGGCAAUGAAGUCGGACGGUCAUGUCAUAUCAUCCAAUACAAGGGAAAGACUGUCAUGCUCGAUGCUGGUAUGCAUCCUGCAAAGGAAGGCUUCUCGGCUCUUCCUUUCUUUGACGAGUUCGACCUCAGUACGGUAGAUAUUCUACUGAUUAGCCAUUUCCACGUUGACCACUCGUCGGCAUUGCCAUAUGUACUGAGCAAGACCAACUUCAAGGGCCGCGUAUUCAUGACACACGCGACCAAAGCUAUCUACAAAUGGCUCAUCCAGGAUAAUGUGCGUGUGAGCAACACGGCCUCGUCGUCGGACCAGCGCACGACUUUGUACACAGAACACGACCACUUGUCUACUCUUCCCUUGAUUGAAACGAUCGACUUCAACACAACUCACACCAUCAACAGUAUCCGCGUUACACCCUACCCGGCCGGUCAUGUCCUGGGCGCUGCCAUGUUCUUAAUCUCAAUCGCCGGCUUGAACAUCCUAUUCACAGGUGAUUACUCCCGCGAGGAAGAUCGCCAUCUUAUACCUGCAGAGGUACCCAAGGGCGUCAAGAUUGAUGUACUCAUCACCGAAUCGACAUUCGGUAUCUCAUCCAACCCGCCGCGUCUGGAACGUGAAGCCGCCCUGAUGAAGUCAAUCACCGGGGUGCUGAAUCGCGGAGGUAGGGUCUUGAUGCCGGUGUUUGCUCUGGGCCGUGCGCAGGAGCUACUGCUCAUCCUGGAAGAAUACUGGGAAACACACCCCGAGCUGCAGAAGAUCCCUAUCUACUACAUCGGUAAUACAGCUCGAAGAUGUAUGGUCGUGUAUCAGACAUAUAUAGGUGCAAUGAACGAUAACAUUAAGCGACUCUUCCGUCAGCGUAUGGCGGAGGCGGAGGCAAGUGGGGAUAAGAGCAUCAGUGCCGGACCUUGGGAUUUCAGAUUCGUCCGGAGUCUGCGCAGCUUGGAGCGCUUCGACGAUGUAGGAGGAUGUGUCAUGCUGGCCUCGCCAGGUAUGCUGCAGACAGGAACCAGCCGAGAGCUGCUGGAGCGAUGGGCUCCCAACGAACGCAACGGCGUUGUCAUGACGGGUUACAGUGUGGAAGGCACGAUGGCCAAACAGAUCUUGAACGAGCCUGAACAGAUUCCUGCGGUCAUGUCCAGAGCAGCGACAGGCAUGGUGAGACGGGGCAACGCGGGCGGCGACGAGGAGCAGAAGGUCAUGAUUCCUCGCCGGUGUACCGUAGACGAGAUCAGUUUCGCAGCUCAUGUGGAUGGUGUUGAAAACCGGAACUUCAUUGAGGAGGUUUCUGCGCCGGUUGUGAUCCUUGUCCACGGCGAGAAGCAUCAGAUGAUGCGUCUCAAGUCCAAGUUACUCAGUUUGAACGCCGAGAAGACAGUCAAAGUGAAAGUCUACACGCCGGCCAACUGCGAUGAGGUCCGCAUUCCUUUCAAGAAGGACAAGAUCGCGAAGGUCGUGGGCAAGCUGGCCCAGGUCGCGCCCCCAACGGAGGAGGACGACGGCCACUUGAUGGCUGGAGUACUUGUGCAGAACGGGUUCGACUUGUCAUUGAUGGCUCCUGACGAUCUCAGGGAGUACGCUGGUUUAACGACGACCACCAUCGCAUGCAAGCAGCACCUUACAUUAAGCUCCGCAAGCAUCGACCUGAUCAAGUGGGCCCUUGAGGGGACAUUCGGUGCCAUCGAAGAGGUGGGCGCCCCACAGAAAGAAAUCAAGAAAGAGAGCGGAGACGAUACACCAGACACAGAAGAGCGACAGGUCAAAGAAGAGGCUGCAGACGAGGAAAUCCCUAUGGAGGAUGCGCAGACCUACCUGGUCAUGGGCUGCGUGCUUCUGCGCUACCACCCUCGCACCCGCGAGCUCGAGCUCGAGUGGGAAGGAAACAUGAUGAACGACGGAGUCGCAGACGCCGUCAUGGCCGUGCUUCUGACGGUGGAAAGCAGCCCUGCAUCUGUGAAACAAUCCGCGAAGCAAAACCACCACCACCACCAUCACCACCACCAUCACGAUGACGUUGACCGACUGCCCAACCCCCACUCUCACCUCGGACCCGAAGAGCGGUUCCGACGUCUCCUCAUGAUGCUCCAGGCACAGUUCGGAUCGGAGAUCGUUGCCAUCGAGCGGCCGCGACUGCCGCUCAACCGGCUCACCAACGGUACGGCGAAGACUGAGACUAAGAGCGAGGCUGAUGGCCAAACACCCAUCAAGCAAGAAGACGAGGAGGAAGAGGAUGAGGAAGAGCUGGAAGAGCUGGAGGAGGCGGAGCUGGCUCGUCUGGAGGCACUGGGUAUUCCUUUCCCCGGCCUCGAGAUCAAGGUCGACAAGCACGUUGCGCACGUAUGGCUGGAGAACCUCGACGUGGAGUGUGCGAAUGCGGUUCUGCGGGAUCGCAUCCGGGUGGUCAUCGAGAGGGCUGUCGAAACGGUGGCGAACAUGUGGACGGAGGGACCAGCCCCUGCCACCUUCGCCAACGGGGAGACCAAGGAGGAUAGUGCGAUGUCCAAGGCGGUCGCCAUCGAGGCCAAGGCAUAG